GAGAGUGUUCCCAGCUCGCCUCCAUGUUGCCCUUUUUCUUCUCUGCGUAUAUCCUGUCUGCCUGCUGGUUAACCAAAGGAAACUGCAUCUCCUAUGAUGAGCUGAAAGAGCUGAAGACUGAAUUUGCCAUCAAUCUCUACCAGCAUGUAUCCGAAGCAGAGAACAGAACCAAUCUGGUAGUCUCUCCAGCAAGCGUGGCUGUUUCUUUGGAGCUGCUGCAGCUCGGAGCUCAAGGAAAUACCUUUACAGAGCUGCAGGAUGCCCUAGGAUACAACAUUCAUGAUCAAAGCGUCCAGGAUUUCUUGCACACCGUGUACGAAGGAGAGACCGACUCCAGCCAAGGCACGGUGGUUCAGCUGGCAUGUUCCUUCUUCGUGGAUGCCGGUGUGCAGCUCUCGCCCAUCUUCACUGCACGUGCUGUGCGAUGGGCAAACAGCAGCCUGCAGCAAAGCAACUUCACUGACCCCAACAGAACCGCGGCCCAAAUACAGGAAUGGAUCACCGGUAACCUUGGAGAUGGGGACGUGCGUGGCAUGCCGCUGGAGAGCGCCGGGUCGCCGCUCAGCCAGGUUGCCCUGGUGAGCACCAUGUACUUCAAAAGCACGUGGCAAAAGAAGUUUUCCUUUACGGAUACGCAGAUGUUGCCUUUUACCACGGCGGAGGGCUCAACCCUGAAAGUGCCCACGAUGCAUCACACAGCCGAAGUUAACUACGGCCAGUUCCAGACUGCAGCUCUGGAGGGUUUCAGCGUGGUCGAGUUACCCUACCUGGGGGAGAAACUCAGCAUGUUCCUAGUGCUUCCCAGCCACAAAAGAACAGCUUUGUCCCAGAUUGAGUCUCACCUUUCUGCCAAAACCAUAACCCUCUGGGCCAACGGCUUAAAGAGAACAAAGAUGGACAUUUUUCUACCUAGGUUCAGUAUUCAAAGCCUUUUUGACCUAAAGACAGUUUUUUCUGCCUUGGGAAUUAGAGAUGCAUUUGAUCCCAUCACUGCUAAUUUUAAAGGCAUUUCAGGACAAGAUAGUCUUUAUAUUUCAGAAGCUAUUCACAAAGCAGAGAUUGAAAUAACAGAAGAUGGUACGAAGGCAUCAGGAGCUACAGCAAUGGUAUUACUAAAAAGAUCUCGAACGCCUAUUUUCAAAGCAGACAGACCUUUCACAUUUUUCCUGAGACAAGCUAAUACAGGCUCGGUAUUCUUUAUAGGAAGAGUUACAAAUCCUUCGUAAUAAACACUAGACAAAUAUGCUGUCUUCUCUUCCUCCGAUGGUGAGCUUUCCUUCAAUGAAAUUAAAGGCUACAUUACAUCUAUUUAUUAAAACACUGUUUUAAACAACAUCACUUUUGCAGGAAUAAGAGUGAGCAAGCCCUCCACUACUUUAUUACUUUGUACAUGCUGUUGGAAACUUACAGCUGGCUAGGAAUCAUUAGCAGCACAACUACAGCAAAGAAAGUAAGCAUAUAAACAUUUGAGGAAAUACUGAACAGAUUUUGCCACCUAAAUGUUUAAUAAUAUGGGCCAACAGCUUCUGCUUAACUUCAUAAUGGCUAAAGUCAGCUUGACAGUUGCAGAGUAUGUAGGUCAUCUGAAAGAA